AGGCGGCGCUGUCAGCGGCUGCUGUGUUCGGUCCUGACCAGGCGGGGGCGCUGUGGGAACCCGUAUCCCGCUGUAACACGUCUCUGUAUGUGAGUCCCGGGGGCUGGAGUGCAGGAUGGCGGCGGUGGUCGUCGGUACAGCGGCUGCGGAGGUCGAGUCCUCGGACAGCGAGCCGGAGCAGGAGCACGGUUCGCCGCAAAAACUCAUCCGGAAGGUCUCCACGUCCGGGCAGAUCCGCAGCAAGACGAUUUUAAAAGAGGGAAAAUUAAUGAAACAGACCAAUUUCCAGCGCUGGAAGAGACGCUAUUUUAAACUACGCGGAAGAACGCUGUACUACGCUCAGACGGCUAAGUCAAUCAUAUUUGAUGAAGUGGAUUUGACAGACGCCAGUGUUGCCGAAUCCAGUACCAAGAAUUUUAACAACAGCUUUACUGUUAUCACUCCGUGUCGUCGCUUGAUUCUCUGCGCUGAGAACAGAAAGGAUAUGGAGGAAUGGAUUGCAGCGUUGAAGAGUGUUCAGAACAGAGCACACUUUGAGUCCACACAGCUCAGUAUGGAUCACUUCUCUGGGAUGCAUAACUGGUACGCCUGUUCACACGCUCGCCCCACAUACUGUAACGUCUGCCGGGAGGCGCUGUCUGGGGUCACGUCUCACGGGCUGUCCUGUGAAGUGUGUAAGUUUAAAGCUCACAAGCGCUGUGCAGUCCGUGCCACUAAUAACUGUAAAUGGACGACACUGGCAUCUAUUGGGAAAGACAUACUGGAGGAUGAGGAUGGGAUCUCGAUGCCUCAUCAGUGGUUGGAGGGAAAUCUGACGGUCAGCGCUAAAUGUACGGUGUGUGAUAAAACCUGCGGCAGUGUUCUGAGACUCCAGGACUGGCGUUGUCUGUGGUGUAAAGCCAUGGUGCAUGCUGGGUGUAAAGAGCAGCUGUCUCUCAAGUGCCCGCUGGGUCAGUGUAAAGUGUCCGUGAUCCCGCCCACAGCCCUCAACAGCAUCGACUCUGACGGAUUCUGGAAGGCGUCGUGUCCUCCGACUUGCACGAGCCCGUUGUUGGUUUUCGUGAACAGUAAAAGUGGAGAUAAUCAGGGUGUGAAGUUUCUGCGACGAUUCAAACAGCUGUUGAACCCCGCUCAGGUGUUUGACAUCAUGAACGGAGGACCACACCUGGGUUUGCGUUUGUUUCAGAAGUUCGAUACGUUUCGCAUUCUGGUGUGUGGAGGGGACGGUAGCGUCGGCUGGGUUUUAUCAGAGAUCGACGCUCUGACUCUGCACAAACAGUGUCAGCUGGGCGUGCUUCCUUUGGGAACAGGAAAUGACCUGGCCAGAGUUUUGGGGUGGGGCUCGGCGUGUGACGAUGACACCCAGUUACCCCAGAUAUUGGAGAAACUAGAGAGAGCCAGUACAAAGAUGCUGGACAGAUGGAGUAUUAUGGUAUAUGAAACUAAGUUUCCACGGCAACACUCCAGCUCUACAGUGACAGAGGACUGUAGUGAAGACUCUGAGGUGCAGCACAUUCUUACCUACGAGGAUUCGGUCGCUGCCCACCUCUCCAAAAUACUGACGUCUGACCAGCACUCUGUGGUCAUCUCCUCUGCUAAAGUCUUGUGUGAGACCGUGAAGGAUUUUGUCGCGAGAGUGGGCCGCGCGUAUGAGAAAAGCUCAGAAAGCACGGAGGAAUCGGAGGUUAUGGCUAAAAAGUGUGGCGUUUUGAAAGAGAAGCUGGACUCUUUACUGAAGACACUCAAUGAGGAAUCCCAGGCCACGAGUGUGAUGGGCACGCCUCCGCCAACCAUUGCCGAGGAGCAGGAUGAUGGGGAGUGUGUGGUGCUGGCUCCGCCCACGGCCCCGCCCACAGUCAUGGUACCCUGCUCGCCACGCCCAACCGCUGCCAUUUUUAAGCCUCGAGAGCAGCUGAUGUUACGCGCCAACAGUCUGAAGAAAGCCAUCAGACAAAUCAUAGAGCACACGGAGAAAGCUGUGGAUGAACAGAACGCUCAGACGGAGGAGGUGUUUGCCUCUCUGCCUACUGCGGAGGAAGAGGAGGAUGAUGAAGUGGAUAAAUUAUCUCUACAAUCCUCAUACAGCAACAGAGCUCGACCCAUUAGAAGAGCCUCCAAGACUCCGUGUGAGAAGCUCAUCAGGAAAGGAAGUCUGUCAAUAGGCAGCUCCGCAUCACUUCCUGUGCAGACAGGAAGUAGGGACAGUAUGCCCAUGCUGAACACCAAGAUCCUCUACCCAAGUCUCAGGGCAGGUGUGUCAGGCUCUUUCAGCGGUUCAGUCAUCAGCAGACUGUUGGUCAACGCUGACCCGUUCAGUUGUGACCCAGAGAACCUGGAUCUCUACACAGAGAAAUGUGUGAUGAAUAAUUAUUUUGGAAUCGGCCUGGAUGCCAAAAUCUCUCUGGACUUCAACAACAAACGUGAUGAGCAUCCAGAGAAAUGCAGGAGUCGCACUAAGAACAUGAUGUGGUAUGGAGUUCUGGGGACUAAAGAACUUCUGCACAGAACUUAUAAGAACCUGGAGCAGAGAGUUCUGCUGGAGUGUGACGGCAGGCCCAUUCCUCUGCCCAGUCUUCAGGGAAUCGCCGUGUUAAACAUUCCCAGUUACGCAGGAGGAACAAACUUUUGGGGCGGAACCAAAGAAGAUGACACGUUUACAGCGCCGUCGUUCGAUGAUAAGAUUUUGGAGGUGGUGGCUGUAUUCGGCAGUAUGCAGAUGGCUGUUUCUAGAGUCAUUAAUCUACAACAUCAUCGUAUCGCACAGUGCCGGACGGUGAAGAUCACUAUUCUGGGUGAUGAAGGUGUACCUGUACAGGUGGAUGGGGAGGCCUGGAUUCAACCACCUGGGUACAUCCGGAUCCUUCACAAGAACCGCACGCAGACCCUCACCAGAGACCGGGCAUUUGAGAAUACUCUGAAGUCAUGGGAGGACAAACAGAGAGGUGAGAUACCACGGCUAGUAUCCCAGCAUGCAUCACAGCCAGAGAUCGUUUCUGAAGAGGAAACCGCUCAUAUCAGCCUGUUUGGACAGGCGGCCGGAGGUCUGAUACACAGUAUCAGGGAAGUGGCUCAGGCUCAUCCCACAAUCGAGCAGGAAUUGGCACAUGCGGUCAACGCCAGCUCUAAAGCCAUGGACCUGGUGUACGCAAACUCAAAAACCAGUGGGGGUUUGACAUGCAAUGUAGUGAUGCAGAUGGUCAGUGAUGUGAAAGCGUUACACAGUGAGACAGAGCUGUUGCUCACGGGGAAGAUGUGCCUGCAGUUGGAUCCUCCUCAGCGAGAGCAGCUGAUUGGUGCGUUGGCGUCUGUCACUCAACAGUUCCGCAGACUGACAGACAUCAGCUGGCUCAGUCAGAUCAUUGACCCGGCCGAUGAUGAGGUACAGCUAUCUGAUUUCUCCAAGAGGAGUCGCUCUGCUAAAUUUCGCCUCAAAUUUAAGAAAGAUAAAAACAACAAGAAUAAAGAGACGUGUGCCGCCUUCAACAUGCCUGUGUAUCAGUGGGGUGUGGAUGAGGUGGGCGUCUGGUUGGAGAUGCUCUGUCUAUCAGAGUAUAAGGAGAUCUUCAACAGACACGACAUCAGAGGACCAGAGUUACUUCAGCUGGAGAGGAGAGACCUCAAGGACUUGGGUGUGACUAAAGUGGGUCACAUGAAGCGGAUCUUGCAGGGUAUCAUGGAUUUGAGUCCAAACUGCACCGCCAGCGAAGCGUAGAUGCUCUGCAGGCAAUCAGAUGCCUCGUUUAGACGUGAUGCAGCCUCACCCAGCCAAUCAAACGCUAAGUCACGACUGAAGCCAGCCAUAAGCAGCACGCCACCUCAUAGGGACCAACGCUGACUCGACUCGGAGCUCAACCAAUCAUAGUGCCUUCUCUCCACUGCCUUUGUGACAUCAAGAGCCAUCAGCACCAAUAUCAGAAACCUGGAGAGACAUCGUCUGAAGAAACGGCCAAACAGAAAUCAGAAUUUAAUAUGACCUUAACUUUAGAAACGACAUGAAAUCCCAACUGGCCGUAUUUACUGGAUGCCGCCUCAUGUUUGUUUUCGUAAUCUUUCAUCAGAAUGUUCAAUUUUUUUCUAAAAUGAUGAUGUACUGUAAACAAGACCGUGUGACCGCUGAACAUAACAGAAGCUUGUGACAUGAUUUUAACAGCAUUUCAUGUUGUUUUGAAAAUGUUUGCAGAGGAGAGCAGAAGUACAUCGACACACACUCUUGUGAACUGUCUCUGCUUUUUGACUUCUUGACAAUCAAUGGAUCGCCUCGAUCCAUCACGCUCUUUUCCUCCAUGUGUGUGUGAACAGCAGGUUUUGUCAUGGAGGAGUUUUAGAAAGCCUUAAACAACAUUCCAACAGCGUUCUGAACCGUCACAUAUCAACCUGAACCGUGCUGAACCCCAACAUCCCUGAGAGCACACAUACAUCUGGAAGACAUCUGACAUUUGAUAUCUACAUUUACAUCUGCAAUACGUCUCCGAGACGUCUGCUGUCAGAUGUCAUAUAGACGUCUAGAAGAUGUCUGUAAGAUGUUUAUGAUUUAGAAUGGAUGUAAAACUGCUCUUUCUAAGAUGUUUAGCAGAUGUUUUUACACAGCAGAUGUUUUCCAAAUCUCCAGAUCUUUAGCAGACAUCUUACAGACGUACCUGUGCUAUCUGGGAUUUUAAUUUUGAAGUGUUAUACAUGCUUUCUCUUAUCCCACCAAAUGGGCCUGUCAGCAGUGAUAGACAGUCUGACCCUCAACAUUGUAAACCAAAUAGACACCUACAAUAACUUGUCUGUGGCUGUGGUUCACACAUUUUUCAACAACUUUUACCUCUGUAUAAAAAAACAUGACGUGUUUUUUUUUACAUGAAUACAUGCAUAAAUAGUGUUUUACAAGAACAACAGGAACAUGUUUGGAAUAAAAAGUACAAAAUAGUUUCAUGGCCAGUAAAUUUUGUAAAUGUAAAUUAAAAGGAUUCUGCAUACAAACCCAACAUUACACUUGACUUGCCUUAACAAUGCUGGAUCUAAACAAUGACUGGUGUUUAUGACAAACACCAUAUUUACCCUUUAAACGUCUUAUACACUCCACAUGUAUGUGAGAGAACGCUUAUAAGACAUAAUGUGUAAUGUGGACAGAUCAGACUUGUCAUGUUGUCAUAUUGGACGCUAGAUUGUCCGAUCUCUCUGACUGUUAAAUAUUUAUUUUAUUGAUAAGUUAUAACUGAAUGCAUUCAUGUGAUGUCCAUCUCUCAUUUCUGUUUUUAUUUUUUAUGUACAUAGACCCUCAUUAAGAAUGUAAAUACCUUCUUUGUGUACAGUGAAGCAUUCUGAAUUAAAAUCAGGCCUGUGU